CCACAACAUCGUUCUCAAGUCGUCGAAGUGAAGUGUUCGGAACAACAGCGACAACAACGUCAAAGAUGCGCGCUUUCGCAGUUGUGCUCGGAGCUGGAAUUGUUGGGCUUUCGGCGGCCGGUGGUCUCAGUGGUGGAUAUUCUGGUGGCUACGGCGACUUCGGAGGUCUCGACUACGGAGCCAGUUUCGGAAGCCACGGUCACUCGUAUGGAGCUGGACUCGACUACCACCACGCUCCGAAGGUGAACUACGUGGUGAACAAGGUUGCCAAACCCUACCCCGUUCCUCACCCCGUGCCAGUUCCCCACGUGGUUUCUGUCCACAAGCCAUACCCCGUGUACAAAUCCGUGCCAGUUCCCAAGCCGGUGGCCGUUCCUCACAUAGUCAACCAGUACUACCAAGUCCACAAAGAGGUUCCCGUGCCCAAGGAGGUUCCUGUCCCGUACACCGUCGAAGUCAAGAAACCCUACCCUGUUCACCACGUGGUCAAGGUACCCAAGCCCUACGUCGUCCACGUCCCCAAGCCCUACGUUGUCGAACAGCCCUACAAAGUCCCCGUUGAGGUCAAGAUCCCCCAGCCGUACACCGUCAACGUACACAAGCCCUACCCCGUCCCGGUGAAGAAGGCCUACCCCUAUGAGGUCCAGAUCGUCAAGGAGAUCCCCUAUGCGAUCAAGAAGCCCAUCGCUAUCCCCGUCCACUCCCACGGAUGGCACAAGGCCUAAGCAGGUGCAACGCAAACGCAUACCCAAAGACACAGUGUACAAUACCAGUGUAUAUAUUGUUGAUAUACCGCAAUCAAGAAACGGAGGAAACCGAGUUGCCAAAUUUAAAUAAAUACGUAAUGCUCUCCUCAA